AUGAAUGGGAUUGUUGUGGAUGCGGAGUGCGGCGCAGAAAUGGCGGGAAAUGUUGACAGACACUCGGCUGUCGAUGUGGUGGGUGAAGUAAAAAGGGACCAAAGAUGGCAACCAUCGAACAGCGACAGAUUAUCUGCCUACCCAACCGGUGACCGAUCGAACCUUCUUCGGUCUCAUGCAGCAAAAUCCGCGGAGUGCAGCCAAGGCUCUCCACGGGCGAGACGAGUGCCCAGGGAGUCGCGGAGAGUGUCGCUCGCGCAGGCUCCGGGCUAUGUUCAGCUCAACCAGUAUCGUCUGCUGGAGCCCAUUGGACAGGGUUCGUAUGGAAUCGUCAAGUUAGCGUAUAAUGAAGAAGAUGACACGCACUAUGCAAUGAAAAUUCUGUCAAAACGGAAACUCAUGCGCCGCGCCGGCCUCUUCGGCAGGGCACCGCCGCGCCGACCAGGCCCCGGGCCUCCUCCGGACCCGUUGCAGAGCAUCUACAGGGAAAUCGCCGUGUUGAAGAAGCUAGACCAUCCGAAUGUAGUUAAACUAGUUGAGGUGUUAGACGAUCCAGCAGAGGACCAGUUAUACUUAGUAUUUCAGCUUUUGGAAGGUGGACCCGUCAUUGAUAUACCCUCAGACAACCCACUGACUGAGGAAGUGGCCAGGAAGUACUUUAGAGAUGCUCUGCUAGGAGUUGAGUAUCUGCACUACCAGCGGAUAGCACACCGGGACAUCAAGCCAGCGAACUUGUUGCUCGGCGAAGACCGAGUCCAGGUGGCAGACUUAGGUGCCUGCGGGGAACUCGCUGGAGCGGGCAAACUCUCAGGUGCCGUGGGAACACCAGCCUUCCGUGCACCAGAAGCUACGACAUUGUCUGAUAAAUAUAUUGGCGAAGCAGCAGAUAUUUGGUCGCUCGGUGUGACUCUCUAUGCUAUGGUAACUGGUCGUGUACCGUGGACAGCUCCCUCAGCAGCUGAGUUACAGAAACGGAUCCUAACCGAACCCUUAGUCUUCCCACCUCGUCCACCUUUGUCACGGAAUCUGAAGAAGUUGCUGUCCAGGAUGCUCGACAAAGAUCCAGUUACAAGAGCAACCAUGCAGGAUAUUAAGGAACACGAAUGGAUAACCUUAGGUGGUAAAGAGCCUCUACCCUCGGAACAAGAGAACUGUAGACUGGUGGAGAUAACAGACGAGGAUGUGGCGAAAGUUGUCACCUCUAUUCCCAAUAUCUCAACGCUGAUACUCAUCAAAACUAUGCUUAAGAAGCACAGCUUUCAGAACCCAUUCCUCCGCAGUCGCGAAGGCAGUUCUCGAAGGGAGUCCAGCGACGCAGGAGUAGCCGGGCUUCCUGGCCAGUUGGGAGGAAACGCAGAGUGCUGCUUGGGGAGAGGCAAACGGACUUCACUGUCGAGAGCUGGCAGAUCGCUAUCUGCACCGGGAAACUAUCUCACUGAAAAGCAAGUAUCAUUUGAUAUCAAUUUAGAAUCCGUCGAAGAAGCCAAAGAGAAAAGUGAAACGACAAACAAAAUCCCUUCAAAAGUGUGUAAGGACAGCAAAGAAAACGGACAAGAGAAAAACGCACCGCAACGGUGA